CUUAGUAUUUCAAUAGACCUUGAUCUUAAUUCAUUGAUUUUUUGUGUGCAGCUCUACGUAAAUAUGGCGGACCAAAAGCUUCCUCCUGCAAGCCUUGUGGUUCCUCUGGACUUCGACUCAGUUCAGACUGUUCCUGAAUCUCACUUAUGGCCUCACCCCGAUGAAUCAUCGCGGAAGAUCGAAUCGGACAAAAUAGUCUCGGUCCCAGUUAUCGAUCUUAACGACGAUAAUGUGUUGGAGCUCAUAGGGAAAGCCUGCGAGGAGUGGGGAAUGUUUCAGUUGAUUAAUCAUGGUAUCCCGAAAACCCUAAUAGCCGAAACCGAGGAGGUGGCUCAAUGUCUUUUCUCUCUUCCAAAAAGCCAAAAGAUGAAGGCAUUACAGGUUCCCGGAACCUCUACUGGCUACUGCAUAGCCAGAUUUUCGAAGUAUUAUGAGAAACUUAUGUGGCAUGAAGGAUUCACCGUCAUAGGUUCUCCAAUUGAUGAUUUUAAGAAACUCUGGCCAUCAGACUACCAACGGUUCUGUGAUAAAAUGGAAGAAUACCAAUUGAAAAUGAAGGCUUUAGGUGAUAAACUAAUAAGGUUAAUCUUCAAGUUUCUUGGCAUCUCCGAUGAAGAGAUGGUGAAAUUGUUGUCUUACAUCGACCCGACCACCGGAAAACCCCACAUGCUUUUACGCUUGAACUCGUAUCCGCCAUGCCCUGAUCCAAGCAAAGUCAUUGGCCUCGCGGACCACACUGACACCUCCUUCCUCACAAUGCUUCACCAAGCACGCAAAUAUGGGCUACAGAUCUUCAAGGAGAAAGAAGGCUGGAUUCCGCUGGCUCGGAGGAGUGACACUCUCAUUAUUAACAUCGGCGAUUUACUCCAAAUUAUAUCGAACGGGCAGUUUCAUAGCAUUCCUCACCGAGUGAUGAUACAAGAGACUGAGGAGACUACGAUGUCGAUGGCAUUUUUCUAUUAUCCACCAAGUUAUUUAAACGUAGCACCUUAUUGUAAGCCAUUGAGUGAAACCCCACAAACUCCCAUUUAUAAAGGAGUGAACGUGAAAGAAUAUUUCGCCAUCAAAGCUAACAACUUGGGCAAGGGAAUUGCUGCCCUAACGAUAUGAUGUUUCAUAUUGAAGCCCUCUUGUUUGCUUCAUUUUCAAAAGGGUUUUCAAAAAAUAAGUUGUUAAACUGUUCAUGUUGGGGCAGAUUUUAAAUGGUUUAGUUUGAUGUUCAUACACAGCCAUGCAAUAAAUAUGGAAACUUGUAUGUAA